CGCGAGGGCUCUGCCGUGGCUGGCGCCGGGGGCGGAGGGAGCGGGGCGGGCCCGGCCUGCGAGGAGCGGCAGCCAGAGGCCUCGGGAGAGCGGAGAUCUUAACGGAAGCCCGGGCGAGUUGAGGCCAGAGGAGGACAGGCCCGGGAUCAAAAUUCUGAGCUGUGUAGCUCUAGGAAGUGAAAUAUUCAUUCAGAAGAAGAGUGUAGACUCUUAAGAAUACAUUUGGCUCUUCACCAUGCGGUUAGGAAAACCUAAGGGAGGUAUAUCUCGGAGCUCGAGCCAAGGAAAAGUCUAUGAGAACCAGCGCAAAACAGGCCGGCAGCGGCAGAGAUGGGGAAUGACUGUUCGCUUUGAAUCAAGCUUGAGUAGACUGAGAAGAAGCUUGGAUGAGAAGCCUUAUAAAUGUGUCGAAUGUGAAAAGAGUUUCAGUCAGAGCUCAACUCUUUUUCAACACCAGAAGAUCCAUACUGGAAAGAAAUCCCAUAAAUGUGCUGAUUGUGGAAAAAGUUUCUUUCAGAGUUCUAAUCUCAUUCAGCAUCGACGGAUCCAUACUGGGGAAAAGCCCUACAAAUGUGAUGAGUGUGGAGAAAGGUUUAAACAGAGCUCAAAUCUCAUUCAGCACCAGAGAAUUCAUACUGGAGAAAAACCCUAUCAGUGCGAUGAAUGUGGCCGAUGUUUCAGCCAGAGUUCCCACCUCAUUCAACAUCAGAGAACCCACACAGGGGAGAAACCCUACCAGUGCAGUGAAUGUGGCAAAUGCUUCAGCCAGAGCUCUCAUCUUAGGCAGCACAUGAAGGUGCACAAAGAAGAGAAGCCUCGUAAAACCCGGGGCAAAAAUAUUAGGGCAAAAACUCACUUAGUAUCAUCUUGGAAAGCUGGUAAAGGAAGGAAGUCAGUGGCUGGUCUCCGCUAAGUAAAGGGCACUGCAACAGCCCUCUUUUAAAAAUAAAAAGCAUUUCUUUUAGAACUGGAGAUAUUUUUUAAUAGUGCACUUAAAUACUGUAUCCUUUCCUAGCAUGGAGACAUUGGGAGUUUAAUGACAUUGGACUGAGAGAAAUUACAUUGAGUCCAGCCUUCCUUAUUUUUUAUGUAACUUGGAGUACAAAGAAUUGAAAAUGUGUUUUGAGAGAAUAUAAGCUUGAUCUCAUUCGAAAUUGCUUC